CGACGAACUGUCUCCUCCAUCAACGAUGUGUGCCUCCUCCCUCACUCAAUGGUCUCCUGCUGACUCACUCAAUAGCCUCCCUCCUUUGAUGAAUGUCUUUUGGCUUCCCCCCCCUAUUAUGAUGAAUGGUCUCGGCCUUCCCCCUACAGUCUCAUCCCUCCUUCGACAAAUGAUCCCCUCUCGAGAACGACCUCUUCUUUUCAUACGAAGAUGCGGCUUAAUUAGGAGAUGAGAAUUUGGACUUGAGGUGGUGCUAGAGGUGUAUAUAGAGCACAGUCAGUAGGCUUGGAAAAUAUAUGAUUUGUUCCAUGAUUC